CGCCGUUGUUAUAUCACAGUGGAAUACAUAGGUGGAUCGUAGUCUCUUUUCGCAGUCGCAGACCGGGUCGCUGAAGGAUAUAAGGGUGACAUGUUUGGCUGUGUGGUCGUAGGUAUAGGCAUUGCUGGGAGGGUGAGGAUCAGGGACCUUCUUGCCCCACUGCCUGGGAGUGCUGUGGAGAAAAUGACUGUCAAAGGAUUCGUGUCAAGGAGACAACUGGAUGAGGAACAGGGGGUCAAACAGAUUUCCACUGAGGAGGCAGUGAGCCGUGAAGACAUUAAUGUGGCUUUUGUUUGUACUGAGAACAACACCCAUGAGGAAUUCAUCAGGCAGUUCCUGCAAGCUGGUAUGCAUGUUUGUGUGGAGUAUCCAAUGACCCUAGAUUACAGAUCUGCAGCUAGCCUUUGGGAACUGGCUGAACAGAAGGGUGUGGUGUUACAUGAAGAACAUAUCGAGCUGUUUACGCCUGACUUUAAGCAGCUGAAGAAAGACAUCGCAGGGAAGAAACUAGAAGAGGGUACACUGCACUUUACAGGAGGGCCUGUGAAGCCUACAUUUGGGUUCCCCUCCUUCAGUGGCAUCGCCCGCCUAACCUGGCUGGUUGAUCUCUUUGGAGAACUGUCCGUCACUGCAGCAACUAUGGUGGAGGACAAGGAGAAGAACUACAUGAAGAUGACUGCUCGGUUUCUUACUAAGGACCAAAAGCCUCUAACAUGGACUGAGGAACGCGCUCCAGGCCUUGCCCGUGGGAAACGCGUCAACUUCCGUUUUGACUCUUGCACUAUGACUGAACUUCCAGAGGGUCAGAGGGAGCCAGUGGGUCUCUUCAUGCAGGAUCUGGUGCUCUUUGGACGGAAACUUUUGGGACAGGUGCCCUCAGAGGAGCACCAGGCAGAGCGAAGGAGGAUCCUUCACUGCAUGGAGCUGGCAGACCGUAUUCGCCAGCUGAGUGAAGGCACACAGGCUUAGGCCGGGGAAGGCACGGAGCGCUCCGCUAGCGAUGCAUGGUAAACGGCUCUCUCUUUUUUUAUUUUUGUGAAUGAGUAAACCGCUUUUGAUUUACUGGAGUUAGACAUUCCCAGAUGUAGUGCAGAACCACAAGCCGUUUUGUUUUGCAGAAUGAUUCUUUACGAAGAGCAAAACGUAUUUUAUCAUUGAAGUACUUUCAUCGUUUGUCAGAAAGGGAUCUCAUUGUUGCAUAUAACACUUGGGGUAUUUUCACUGGAUAAUGUACUGGGACGUUUAUAGCUUAGCCAUUCUGUUCAAAAUAGUGCUGUAUACAGGUUGUUAGUAAGUAUCUCAGCACCUGGAAACUUGAUGACUUUUUUUUAAGCGUACUUUUGGCUGAACUCAAACGCGCCUUCAUGAGCAGUUUGAGAUGAUGGCCACGUAUACCUGUGACCGUUUUUACUGCACAUACAGUAGCCUCAAUAUUAUUUAUGACAUUCUUACGUGUUAAUAGUACAAUCUCUUUGAAACCCCAAAAUUCAUGCCAUGUUGGGUUUAGUGAUCAUUUCUCAAGUGCAUUAAGGGCAUUUUUAUCGGUAAAAAAUCAUCAGCUUGCAGCUUCACUCCUCUUUGUUCACUCCACUCUACCAUUUUACUUACUAUCAGUUGUGCCUUAUUGCUGAGUCAUGUACUGACCACUGUUGGUAUAUUUGCCAUGAAUC